AGAUAUAAAAUAGUUUAAACAUGUUGUUAAUAAGGAAUACUAUUAGAGGUGCGAUGAGUAGAAUAAUGGAGAAAACAAGAAAACUACCCUGGAGGGGUAUACUGGCACUAAUAGGUGGAUUUUUUAUACAGUUGACACUCGGUUCUUUUUACUCUUUUGGAAACAUGAUGACAUACCUCACUUCAUAUAUGAGAAAAAACGGUUCUCCUGAUCUUACAUAUGGAGACUUCAUAAUAGUACAAUCAGUCUGGGGGAUGACCCAAGGGAUCUCUAUGCCAUUAUCUGGCUUUAUCAUCAGGUUUGUUGGAGUUCGUCCUGCAAUGUUUAUAGGAUGCACUUUAUUUAGUCUUGGUACUGCAGCUACUUACUUUACCUUAAACCAGUCCGUGUGGAUGGUAGCAUUUACUUAUGGAUUUGUAUCAGCAUUUGGACAGGGAAUAGCACUGAUUCCUACCAUGACUAUUGGUAUGCGAUGGUUCCCUGAGAGGAAGGGGAUGGCUAUGGGAGUCGUGGUCGGAGGCUUCGGAGGAGGGGCAUUCAUCUUCAAUCAGAUUCAGACCGCUAUACUCAACCCAAACAAUAUUGCACCAGAAGGAGAAUACUUUACAGAUCCUGAAUUACUGGACCGAGUUCCAAGAUUGAUGCUAAUCCUUGGAGGAAUAUAUUUAACUAUACAGAUGAUAGCCUGCUCUUUAGUUACUGAACCACAUCUAGAUAGAGAACUAGUACCACAGGUUACUAUUAUAUAUUAUAGGCAAGCUGUAAAAACUCGAGAUUUCUAUUUGCUCUGGAUCACAAGGUUUUGCGCUGUUCUAAUUACACAGUCUGUAUCAGGCUUUUAUAAGGCAUUUGGGCAAACAUUUAUAGCAGAUGAUCAUUUCUUGUCUUUUGUUGGAGCAGUUAGUUCAAUAUUUAACUGUUCUGGGAGGCUCUUCUAUGGACUUCUAAUGGACAAGAGUAACUACAGAGCUGCAAUGAUGUUUGAGAUGGUUUGUUUAACCCUUCUCGUCUCCUCUCUACCCUUAACAUCUUAUGGUGGAAGAAUAUUAUUCGGAAUCUGGAUUUGGGGUGUUUACUUUACAUUCCCUGGAACCUUCUCCACACAACCUGCUGUUACUACCCAGGCUUUUGGGCAUACCUAUGGUGGAACUAUUUAUGGAUUUCUCUUCACUUCUGAUAUUGUGAACAAUUUCCUUGUAGGGGCUCUUAGCCAGAGUUUACUGAAGUAUGGAGGCUGGAAUGGAAUGUUUCUUUGUCUAUCUGUUUUCAGUUUGAUUGCAUUCAUCAUAACCCUCUUCUUUCCAAAGAACCCAUGCCCAGAAAACUACUUACAAACAGCGAAAAAUGGAGCAGAGAACGAUUCUUUGGAGAAAGGUUUAAUCAGUAUACCUGGAGACCAUGAGAACGAAAGAAAUACCAAGAUAAGUCUUGCACUUGGAGAUAAUAUUAUCCAGACUGAUGACGACUCCGUACACUCCCUCAAAACUCCAAUCAAUGUUGACACUCCUACUUCUAUCAAAACUCCCACCUCCAACACUCCCUCCUCUGUCGACACUCCCUCCUCUGUCGACGCUCCCUCCUCUGUCGACAAUCACUCCACUGUCGACACUCCCCCCUCUGUCAACACUCACUCCUCUGUCAACACUCCCAUCUCUGUCAAAACUCCCGCCUCUGUCAACACUCCCACCUCAGUCAACAAUCCCACAUCUCUCUACACUUACACCCCUAUCCCUGCAGAUAAUAUUGUAGCUGUAGUAAAGUGUUAAAGAUAUAGACACGCUACAGUAUUGUUGAUAAAGAACACACUGUACACACACUACAGGAGAAAAGUAUAGAAGAAACGUAUCCUACUACCAAAUAAUUGCACGCCGAAAGUCUGAUUCUCCCACAAAGAAGCUGAUUCUACCAUCAAGAAGCUGAUUCUACCGUCUAGAAGCUGAUUCUACCAUCAAGAAGCUGAGUCUACCAUCAAGAAGGUGAUUCUAACAUUCAGUAGCUGAUUCUACCGUCUAGAAGCUGAUUCCAUCAUUUUGAAGCUGAUUCUACCAUCUAGAAGCUGAUUCAACAACAUAGAAUCUAAGUCCGCGAUUUAGAAGCUGAUUUUACAUCCAGAAGCUGAUUCUACUAUCAAGAAGCUGAUUCUACAAUCCAGAAACUGAUAUUAAAAUCUAGAAGCUGAUACUACCAUCUAGUCGCUGAUUCUACCAUCUAAAAUCUCAAAUACAUCUAGAAAAAGAUUUGAUCCUCCAGAAUCUGAUUAUAAAUCUAGAAGCUGAUACUACAAAUUAGAAGCUGAAUAUACCAUAAAAAUCUAAUUGUACAUACAGAAGCUGAUUCUACCAUCUAGAAGCUGAUUAUUACAUCUAGGAGCUCAUUUUACUUUUAAUAAGCUUUUUCCGUCAACUAGAAAAAGAUUAUUUUUAUCCAAAAGCUGAUUUAACCCUCUAGAAACUAAUUCUACCAUCUAGAAGCUGAUUCUACCAUCUAGACGCCAUUCAUCAAAAAUACCAUCGUUAGAAACGAUCUGUAUUCUGUUUAAGCUGAUUUUACCGAAGAAAGAGCUAAUUUAAAGAUCAACAUCUUAAAAUCGCCUCGAUUAGAUUUACCAUGCCCUAAGAAAAGUCAGGCCCACCGGCUAAAAUUUAAUUACAUACAAACAUAUAUAAAAUAAUGCACUUUACAGUAAUCUCAAUGUUUUAUUCUGGAUUAUGGUAAUUUUACUUUAUUUGGCGCAUAUUUUUCGUUACAUCUUUUAAAGAUUUAUGUACACAAAACAAAAUCAAAAAGUAUCUGUUAGAACACUAUAUAGACCCAAACUGCCUUUACCUGAGCCAGGCUACAAAAACAAUUUUCGGUGACCCGUCAUGAGAUAUAACCCAUUCUUAAGUACUUUGUAAAUCUCUGACAGGCACAAGUUACAAACUAAAAUUUAAAAAAUUCAUUAUUUUGUUUUCUGAAAUAAUAAAAUAAUUCCUCCUUUUUUAGCUAUGUUUGUCUUGCUUCGUAAAGGAACUGAGUUUUUGCCACAAACUCUAAUUUUGUAAAAUUUUUAUCUUUUCUUCCUGAUUUCAUAUAUCUUUGACUAGGAAUUCUUUUCAUUUAAUAGUCAAAGUUUGAAAUAUCAAAGGUGUGCACCAUUAGGUUGCAAACACAUAGGGAUAAGAAAAGUUUGAGGCAAAAAUGUGGUUCCUUUCAUCUUGACUCUAACAAAGAGACCAAA